CAACAAUGCAGCUUUUAAUGGUGCUGUGAGCGGUGCGAGCUGAAAACGCAGCAGCGCCGCAGGCUUGUCCGGUGACUGUAGUCGCUCAGAUUCAGCACAACCGGAUUUUGACGGUAUCACAAAACCUGCCACGCUACUUGUGACUCCGUUUGUUUUAGGACAUCCCCGACUCUUCUGCCGGGGUUCCUGUUUUGAGAAGAAAGAGAAGAUUUCAGAAGCCCCAUCUCCAGAGGAAUUCCUGACAAGGGGCCAGAAAAUGAGCACAACCCUGAUAGAAGCAACCGGCCCGCCCAGCAAUCUCACUGAUCUGUGAGCAGCCAUGCCAUCACCUCAUCACCCAUCGAGGGGAGCCCCUCUCCAGACGCAGGACUGUUUUCUGACAUAGAUUUGGAACAAUUGGAACCUUGCAAUAGAAAUGGCAUUAGUUUGUGUGGGCUAUAACACAUUAGAGUACAUAUUCGAAUACAGGUGAGGCUGAACCUCGAGCCAAUAUUCACAGGACUCUUGAGAGGAGGUAAACGGUCCCACAUGACCUUCACACAAGGACAGAGCCACAGCCCAGCUUUGAUGAUUUAGUAUCCAUCCCACUACCUUGCUGACAAGGUCGUAUCAUGGCUGCUGCUGAUCCCCAUAGCAACGGUUCCUUGGUUGGGCGAGGAGCAGACUGAGAGAGUCAACAAUGCAGCGUAACGGCGGUGGAGGGGGUGCCGGUGGCCAGCCAUGGGUGUUACGGCGCGUGCGCCUCACCUGGCUCAGUUUCAUGCUCUUCUUCAUCCUGGUCUUCUUCCCACUCAUCGCCCACUACUACCUCACUACCAUCGACGAAGCUGGGGGUCCCGACAAGCGCAUCUUUGGGCCGCGGCCCGGCGGUGAACUGUGUGAGGCAAAACAUGUGCAGGACCUCUGCCGGAUCCGCGAGUCAGUCAGCGAGGAGCUGCUGCAGCUGGAGGCCAAGAGGCAGGAGCUCAACGGGGAGAUCGCCCGGCUCAACCUGCGCAUCGAGGCCUGCAAGCGGAGCAUCGACAGCGCCAAGCAGGACCUGCUGCAGCUAAAGAACGUUAUCAGCCAGACGGAGCAUUCAUAUAAAGAACUGAUGGCCCAGAACCAGCCCAAGUUAUCGCUGCCAGUCAGGCUGCUGCCGGACAAGGAGGACCCGGGUCUGCCACCACCCAAGUCUGCCCGCUCCUGCCGCCUACGCUCCUGCUUCGACUAUGCGCGCUGCCCUCUUACGUCUGGCUUUCCUGUGUAUGUCUACGACACGGGCUCCUAUUCAUGGGCGGAUUAUCUUGACCCACUGGUGAAGCAGGCUUUUGCAGCUUCAGUAAAGAGCAACAUUUAUAUAACCGAUAACCCCAGCAUCGCUUGUCUGUAUUUGGUGUUGGUAGGAGAGCUACAAGAGUCCUCCUCCCCACCGCCAUCUCCUUCAGAGCUGGAGAAGCAACUAAAAGCUCUCCCUUACUGGAGGUCUGAUGGACACAAUCAUGUACUGGUGCAUUUUUCUAGAAAGUCCAUGACACAGAACUUCCUGUAUAAUGUGAGCACAGGACGGGCGGCAGUCGCUCAGUCCACCUUCCUGGAGCAGCAGUACCGUGAGGGCUUUGACCUGGUCGUUUCUCCACUGGUUCAUGCCCUCUCAGAACCAAAUUUUUUGGAGGUGCCCCCUCAAGUUCCCGUAAAGAGGAAAUACCUCUUCACCUUCCAGGGGGAGAGGGUGGAGUCGCUGAGGAGCAGCUUACAGGAGGCACCCCCUCAGUCUUUCGAGGAGGAAAUGGAAGGAGACCCACCGGCCGACUACGACGAUCGCAUCAUCGGCACCUUAAAGGCGGUGCAGGACAGCCACUUGGAUCAGGUGCUGGUGGAGUUCACCUGCAAGAACCCACGGCCAAGUUUGCCGACCGAGUGGGCUCUUUGUGGAGAGAGGGAGGACAGGCUGGAGGUCCUCAAGGCUUCAACUUUUGGCUUGGUGAUCGCUCCAGGGGACGGACAGCUGGUGGCCUCAGCAGGCUGUGGGAUGAGGCUCUUUGAGGCCCUAGAGGUAGGGACCAUUCCAGUCGUGCUGGGCGACCACUCCAGGCUGCCGUAUCACCAGUUUAUUCGCUGGAGUGAAGCAGCCAUUAUUGUCCCCAAGCCUCGCGUCACAGAGCUACACUUCCUGCUGCGCAGCCUAUCGGACAACGACAUGUUGGCCAUGAGGCGUCAGGGCCGCUUUCUGUGGGAGACCUACUUCUCCACCACGGAGAAUGUCCUCAACACCCUCCUGGCCAGCAUCAGAACCAGCAUCCAGGUUCCUGCUGCACCCAUCAAAGAAGAGCCCGCCGUCGAGAUUCCCCACAAAGCAGGGAAGAUGGCAGGUACUGAUGCCAACCUGGCUGACAACGGGGAUCUGGAUUUGGGUCCUGUCGAGACAGAGCCCCCCUACGCCUCGCCACGCUUCCUCCGCAACUUCACAUACACAGCUGCAGAAACUUAUAGAACGUGGAACCGGGCCCCGGGGCCUUUCCAUCUGUUCCCUCACACCCCUCUGGACCCCGUGCUGCCCUCCGAAGCCAAAUUCCUUGGCUCAGGUACUGGUUUUAGGCCUAUCGGUGGAGGUACGGGAGGCUCGGGGAAGGAGUUUCAGGCAGCUCUAGGAGGAAAUGUGCCCCGAGAACAGUUUACCGUGGUGAUGCUGACUUAUGAGAGGGAGGAGGUGCUAAUGAACUCUCUGGAGAGACUUAAUGGCCUGCCGUACCUCAACAAAGUAGUGGUGGUGUGGAACUCGCCCAAGCCUCCUUCAGAUGACCUGCUGUGGCCAGACAUCGGCCUGCCGAUUGUGGUCGUCCACACAGAAAAGAACAGCCUCAACAACCGCUUCCUUCCCUGGGACGCCGUGGAAACCGAGGCCAUCCUGUCGAUUGACGACGAUGCUCAUCUACGCCACGAUGAGAUCAUGUUCGGGUUCAGAGUGUGGCGUGAGGCCAGAGAUCGCAUCGUGGGUUUCCCCGGGAGGUAUCAUGCAUGGGACGUGAACCACCAGUCCUGGCUGUACAACUCCAACUACUCCUGUGAGCUCUCCAUGGUCCUGACAGGAGCUGCUUUCUUCCAUAAGUACUACGCCUACCUGUACUCCUACGUGAUGCCCCAAGCCAUCCGGGACAUGGUGGACGAGUACAUAAACUGCGAGGACAUUGCCAUGAACUUCCUGGUCUCUCACAUCACCCGCAAACCCCCCAUCAAGGUAACAUCGCGUUGGACUUUCCGCUGUCCCGGCUGCCCUCAGGCCCUUUCACACGAUGACUCGCAUUUCCACGAACGCCACAAGUGCAUCAACUUCUUCGUCAAGGUGUACGGCUACAUGCCACUGCUCUACACGCAGUUUCGCGUGGACUCUGUGCUUUUUAAGACUCGUUUGCCCCACGACAAGACCAAGUGCUUCAAGUUCAUCUAGCAUCGGGGCUGAGUGGCCCAGCAGAGAGCCAAAAGCAGAGAGGACUGAAGGACUGGAGGUAUUUAUAAGACCAGCAGCUCCCACUGCGAGCAGUGAUGAGGAUGGAUGGACUGCCAGAUAAAUGCACAGAAGGAAAGAUUUUUGGUGGGAGAAACAAGUUAACCUUAAAAACUGUUGGUUUGGUAGUCUAAUCCACAACUCCACUGAAGAUCUGAGGAGUGGAAGCUGAAAGGAACCACUGCCAACAAAAUGAGCCUUUUCAGUGGAUGUCACUCCUCCUUUUUCAUGUUCUUCUAUCAUGCUCCAUCAUCAACCACUACAGAUGUCAUUUGCACCUCUUCACAGCCUGCUGAGGGAAAAAAAAGGACAGUUGUACACAGUGUACAGAUAUUCUCCCAGGAUAAACUCUACCUGACUGGAGCUAUCAGUCUCUGAAUCAGUGACGGACAGCAGUUCGGCCCAGCAGCUUGUUGACACUUUCAGUUAGUAGGUCAAAAGUGGCAGCAGCACAUGGUUGACACUGCGUUUUUUUUUUUCUUUUCUUCCAUUUUACAGUUACAAACUACUCUUCUUGUUCGUGAACGUGAGAGAAGCACUGAUGGUCAGAAGUAUUUUAUUGAACAAUCUUUCUUUCUAUCUUUUUUUUUUUUUUUUUUUUUAAUAUAUAUAUAAUGUCUAAAUGUAUAAAUCUCUGUUGAACGGACAUUUUCCAGAACCUCGGCCUGUGGGAGAUCAGACUCAGGCUUUAAAGUCUGAGAACGAGACAGGACCUCAACUGAAGAGUUGGCCCGAUCAUGUUUAGUAGUGUUACGUUUUCAGGAAGGAAUUCACUUCAGCGGUCACCAUAAUGCCUCAAAUUUGUCAUGAAAACCAGCCGCAAUUUUGUCGUUUUGUUCUGCUUACAGGAUCUGCGCUCUUACAUGAGUACUUGAAAUGGCCUGUUUUUUAUGCUCUAAGGCGUUUACUAAUGUUUGUAAAAUUGGUCCGAGGUUGAAGUAGUCAUGUUUUAAAUGUAGUAAUAAUAAUAAUAAUAAUAAUAAUUAAUAAUUAAUAAUUAACCAAUCAACGGUUGCAAUGUCCCUUAACUGAAGUGUAACAAAGUCAAGAAUCACAGUUGCCAAAAUGUGAUGUAAUUAUAAAGAAGAUUAAAUGUGCUAUUAGGAUUAUGGUAAAAUAAAGUAAAAGUUUAAAGGGAAUAGUUUGACAUUUUAGGAAAUCAGCGUUUUUGCUUUCAGGCAGUUGGUUAGAUGAGAACGUCUUUGCCUCUCAGAUCUGUCGAGUUAGCUUAGCUUAGCUUAGCUUAUUUUAGCAUACAGACUGGAAAACAAGGAUUAACAACUAGCCCGGCUCUGUCAAAAAGUACCAAAAUCAGAACCUCUGAAGCUCACUAAUUAACUUCUUGUUUCUUAAAUGCGUUAAAAAUAUUGUGUCAAAAUGAGACGGUGUUCCCAGAUGUUCUCAUCUAACCCUCCACCAGAGACCAAAUAAGCAUAAACUAUUAAACUAUUGUCUUAAUAUAUUGCCAGCUCUGGUUCUGAGACAGAAGUAUUAGAUUUGUCCCACCAUGGUUAUUUCACCUUCCUGGGCCAUGUUUGUUUUUUUUUUUUACCAUUGCUUGAUGAAUGUUUUCUUUGCCAAAUAGGUACAAUGUCUGCUGCUUUACAGCGUAGUUUGCAGGGUGCACAGUGUGAAAGGCUGCUAAACGGAUGCAGUCUGGUUCACCCUGAUCCACUCUGCAUGGUACUUUUUAGGAGUCAAUCCUUUGGAGUCCUUCCCAUCAUGUAUUAUAAAUCCAAAGUAUUUUAUUUGACCAGACUUAAUUCCUGUAAUCUGAGGAAAAAGAUCAACGUAAAGAAAUCCCCUUGAAAAGAUAUAUUUGGAUAAGUUUAGUAUUUUUAAUUUUUUUUCCCAUCCUAAAAGGUUCUAACUGUGAGGAUGCUUUUAUGACACAAAAACUCUCAUAAGUCCAUGGUUCCUGUAUAUUUAUUGAAUAUAUUGUUAAAAAAAAAGAUUUUUUUAAACUGAUAAUGACACAUUCAAUAAAAUGACAAGACGUUGUAGUUUAUUAUUCCUUAUCGCGAAGACGUUCCAACCUGAUUGAGCCGUGAGCUUAUCUUUCUUUGCCAAGGGGAACUCGCUCAUGCCACUGAAUGCUUGAGGUGGAACUGACCUGAGAGCAGCACUCAGUCAGACCAUUGUGUUUUAUAGAUGUCAAGAUGAACUAAUUGUUAGGAAGGUCGACCUGUAACAGAAUGUCCUUAACUGAGCUUCUGCAACAGUCAGUGGGGAAGCAGUAAAAUGUCUUUGAAGCCAAAUGUCUCCCUGCUCCAGGUGGCUGCUGCUGCUGCUGCUGCUCUCUGGCCUCUCCAGUGAAAUAUACAAAUAUUUGAUUAGGCAUUUUUAGCCAAACAGGAUAGAUGAAGAGCGAAAUUCCUAAUUACACUGGUGUAAAAUGACCAUACAGAUAAUGUACACUUUAGCUGCAACAGAGAUGGAAAAAAAACCAGCCUGGUUCCAAACCUCGUCACACCUGAACACUUUUAUUGAAGCUCUGGGGGCCUCAUAAUUACCUGGCUGACUAAACCUGUCCUGGGGCAUAAAUGGGGGCAGCUGAUACGUUGGAAGUCAAAGCCUCCCAUUCCUCCAGUCCUUGGUCAUCCUCCCCCCCCCCC